AUGAUGGCCACAGGUGACGAUAUCCCAACGUUCAAGCUUGUGCUGGUCGGUGAUGGCGGUACUGGAAAGACGACGUUCGUCAAGAGGCAUCUAACCGGCGAGUUCGAGAAAAAAUACGUUGCGACACUGGGCGUGGAGGUGCAUCCGCUGAUAUUUCACACGAAUAGGGGCCAAAUUCGAUUCAACGUCUGGGAUACUGCGGGCCAGGAGAAGUUCGGCGGACUACGCGAUGGCUACUACAUCCAGGGUAUGUUUACAGUCUUCUUUAACUGA